CCAAUUCUACCCACAUGAAUUGUGCUUGUUAACUUCACUCAAUCUUUUAUUAGUAUCGUUCAUUGAGAGGUUGAUGUUGUUGUCCGAACCUCUGAAAUAUCAGAAUUCAGGCGAGUAAGAGUAACCCUUUAAACGGUAGAAUGCAAGUAACUGAGCCUUAGCUAUUAAAAGCUCCAACCGAUCAAAACCUCCCGUUGGAAACUUGGAUAAAUCUUUCAAAUAUUGCAUAAGCUUCUCAGGUAGCAUUGUAGCAGAAAUACUCUAAUUUGAAGUUCGGGCUGCGGCGGUUAGAAGAAAUGCAGAAUUGGCAUGUCUACUAUGCCUCUUCUGAUUCCGUGAGCUUAGAAGAUUCUGUCUACACACUCGAGAUGUGUAUGACCGGCUUAGACCGAGAGAAAGCCUCCGUUUUCUUUAAAGAACAAACAGGUUCGGCUGCCGAGAUGACCGUCAACUCUGGCAUUAGGAAAAUUCUUCCAAAUUCUGAAAUUUGUGACUUUGAUUUUGAACCUUGUGGUUAUUCAAUGAAUUCUGUUGAGGAGCUUGCUGUAUCUACCAUUCAUAUUACUCCAGAAGACGGUUUCAGUUAUGCAAAUUUUGAGACUGCAGGAUACGAUUUGAAGGCAAUAAAUCUGAACGAAAUGGUGAUGAGGGUGCUAGCUUGUUUUCAACCAACUGAGUUUUCUGUAGCUGUUCACGUGGACAAUGCAAGCAAGUCAUUUGAGCAGGGGUGUUUGCUGGAUGUUAAGGGAUACUGCUUUGAAGAGAAGAGCCACCAAGGGCUUGGAAUGAGUGGAUCUGUUAAAUUCUUGAUGGGGCUUUGAUUGUUCAUUAGGAUUGUAUUUGUAGGAUUUAUG